AUGGAUGGUGAUCCGGCGGUCGAGCCUGAGCUGGAUGGCUUCAGUCGCGUUCUACCGCUGCCAUACCGCGUGGCUCUCAUUAUCGUCUUAGGCAUAUGGGCAUGGGGCCUCAACCUCCACUAUCUCUCCCUGAUCAAAAUCGACGUACCGUCCCUGAUCCGCUACCCGUCUCGCUCCUCACCACACCACCCCUCGCACCACCUGUCCUGCUACCGCAUCGCUACCUUCCUCUCCAUACCCCUCGCCCUCUCGCUGCUCCUCUUCUGGAUUGUCACAGCCGGCAGCUCCUCUAUCGACAUCGCCAGCUGGCAAAUCCUACCAAACCUCUACCUCCUCGUCCUCGUAAUAGGCUUUGUCGCACCCAUCCCCUUCGUCUCCCGCAACGGCCGCAGCCGAACUCUCGCAACCCUCAAACGCAUAAGCAUCGGCGGCAUCGCCGAAGCCGCAGAUGGGAAAUUCGGCGACAUACUCCUUGCCGAUGCGCUCACCAGCUAUGCAAAAGUGCUCGGCGACCUAUUCGUCAGCCUCUGCAUGUUCUUCGACAGCUCACACAGCUCCACCGGCCCGCCCAACCGCAACUGCGGCGGCGCCUUCAUGGUCCCCUUCAUCAUCGCCAUACCCUACCUGAUCCGCCUACGACAAUGCAUAACAGAAUACAUGCGCGUGCAAAAAGCCAACAAGCGCACCGGCCAAAUAAACCCCGCAACAGGCUGGGGCGGCGUGCAUCUCGCCAACGCACUGAAGUACUCCACCGCCUUCCCCGUUAUUAUCCUCAGCGCCCUUCAACGCUCCCACGACCCUUCCACCUUCGGCGUUUCGGAAGCCACGCUUUUUCGAAUGUGGAUGGCCGCCGUCGUCGUCAACUCCGGCUACAGCUUCUACUGGGACGUCGCGCGCGACUGGGACCUCAGUCUCUUCUCCACCCCGCAAGAGCGCAACAACCCGGAAUACCCCUGGGGUCUGCGGCGCCACCGGUGGUUCCACGCCAAGGAAUUCUACUACGGCGCGGUUGUCAUGGACGCCAUGUUGCGGUGCACAUGGAGCCUGAAACUCAGUCCGCAUUUGGACCAUUUCAACGAUCUCGAAGGUGGGAUCUUCACUAUGGAGGUGUUGGAGGUGUUUAGGCGGUGGGUGUGGAUUUUCUUUAGGGUCGAGACGGAGUGGGUGCGGAACCAUCGGGGGCCGGCGCCAGAUGAUAUUUUGCUGGGGGACGUGGGCGGGAGUAAAUAUGAUGAUAGCGAUUAG